GACACGAAGGAGAGAACGGAGCAGGUUCAGCUGAUGACCGAUAUCUACUGCAGGGCGCAGUCGGUCGCGAUUUGGCUAGGACCAGGAGCGGACGAUAAUGACAAGGCGCUGAAGUGUCUUGAAGAAGUUGCCGCAGAGAAUUUGACGAACGAACAGCUGUCUGAAGUUUUGAAGAUCCACGCCAAGCGCUCGAAACUGGAAUCGGAACUGUGUGGGCUGGAGGCUGUAGCCAGGUUGUUCGAACGCGAUUAUUGGGACAGACUGUGGGUCGUGCAAGAAGUC